UCCGGCGGGCUGGGAUGUGUGAGAGCUGCUGAGCGAAUGGCGGGCCAGGUGAAGGACAAGGAGGCUUUUCAGAGACUCAGCUUCUUGUAUCAGGCUGCCCAUUGUGUCCUAGCCCAGAACCCCGAAAACCAGGCGCUGGCGAGGUUUUACUGCCACACGGAGAGAACCAUCGGGAAGAGGCUCGUCCUGCGACAGGACCCCUCGGUGAAAAGGACACUCUGUCGUGGCUGCUCCUCCCUCCUCAUCCCCGGUCUGUCUUGCACCCAGCGGCAGAGGCGUCGCCUAGGCCAGCGCUGGACAGUACAGACUUGUCUAACAUGCCAUCGAAGCCGAAGAUACCUCAAUGACCCCAAACACCAGCUCUGGGGGGACCGGCCCGAGGCGCAGCUGGGGAACCAGGCUGAUCCCAAAUCAAAUAGGCCUGUGGCACACACAAACCAUCCAGUCUCAGUCCAGCCUUCUGGAGGGAAAUCAGAGCAUCAGAUCCCCAAAAUACAGUAACAAGGGAUGCAAAGACCUAGGAAAGGUGGGCCUUCAUUCAUGUAAAGUUUUGGCCUGCCUCUUAUUUGGGUAUCCAUUGUAUAGACAGUGUUUUCAAGAGCUAAGAACUCUAGUGAAGGAAGCCUGACUUCUUUGACACAACUUGUAAUGUGGGAAAAGCACUGGCACCAGAGUUAGAGGAACCUGUUUCACCUACUGUCUACAAGCUAUGUGCCCCUUAAGGUACAGAAAAGAGGAAGUAAGAACAGCUGUAAGGCAUAUCAACAAAUGAAGAAUCACAUUCCACAAACCACUCUGAAAGUUUUGAUUUGUAAGAACCAGGACAUGGUAUCCCCCCACAGGAAGUGGGGGAUUCAUCAUGAAAAUUAGCCUGAUAGAGAUCAGUUUAAGCCAGGUUUAAAUGGAAGUAAGGAACUUAAAUAUGCUAGAAAGAUAUACUGCCAGGGAAAUAACCUCAAUUGAAGAUUUAGUCUCUGUGUUGAACAACUAUCUGUUAAACCUAGUAAGGAAAUUCACAGUUCCUAGUACAUGAUAUAGAUUAUUCAUAAAAGCUAAUAAAAUUCAGUUGUAGAAUGUACACAGAAACCUUGGAAAUACUUUCAUUAUUUUACAUUUUACAGAGGUGAAGUGAUUUUCUUGAAAGAUUACCCAAGUUGUUGGUGGCCCUAUAUAGAAAUCAAGUUUCCAUACUUAACUUCACAAGCUUCUUCACCUUUGUUCUUGCCAUCUAGUCUAGGGUAUAAGGAUAAAAAAUAAUGAAGGCUGGUAUAAAUAUAUAAAUUAGUAUUUUAAUUAAAGCCAUGCUGAUAA